CCCUUUACAGGUGCAGUGAACUUUUACAAUCAGUGAAAGCUUGCAGUCAUUCUUUCUCUGAGGCUGAGGGGAAAAGGAGGAGGGCAUUCAGUGAAGUCACUCAGUGUCUCACCACAACAUGACUAGAUUUGCACUCCUGAUUCUGGCAGCCCUUGUUGGAUCCUGCACUCAGUUUCCAGAGACUGUCAACGUUGAUGUACGAAAAAAUGAACUACCACCAGAGAAGACAGGAAGUUACAUGCCAAUACUCUGCUCACCUACACCUGCUCCCUCAUCCCCAUCCUCUUCAGUUCAUACUCUCAGACCUGCUGAUAUCUCAGCUGUUUAUAGCAUGGGGAUUCCACUCUCACAAAGGGCUGAAGCAUCCAGAGUGGUCAAUAGAGUCGCUGAGUUGCUGUCCAUGUUUAACCCUGAAGUGAUCGCUCAGCACGUGGUUAAGCCCUCAUUGCAACCAAGAAGCUUGUUGGAGGAAGCUGAGGAACUGUCUCUCUCCCUUUUACAUCAGGUGACAGACUGGAAAUUUGGGCUGCUGUUUGUCUCUGCAGAUUUCAUGUGUGCCUGCUCACCAAAUGUUGCUGCAGAUGUUAAAGCUGUAGUGCAUGAAGUGGAGGAGGUUCUGCAGCUGUUGCAAAAAAAGUUGCAUCACAGUUUAGUUCACGUUGUGGUCUGGAGCACAAAUCAUCAGCAAGACAACAGGUGUGACUGCAUGAGAGACAAAAGCAUAAACCAGCGAUUACAUAAAGCCACUCUUCUAAAAACACUGCAGGACUCUCUAAGUCAUGUCCUGGAAAACCCGAAGUGGCACAGCGAAAGGGCAGACUUCACUGCUGUGCUGCAGUCUGCACCAGUUAUCCUUGAACCCAUCUCAGAUUCUGAGAGCACAUGGUCUGACCUAAACCAAUUAGCUUUACAGCUAUGGACAAACUUGCUACAGCCAUCGGCAGGUCAGGCAGAUGCCAUGGACACAAGCGUCAUUGCUAUUCCUUGCCCCACCCAGGAACGGCCUUUCCUGCAGACGCAGAAGAAUUCCCCCACUGACACAGAGGGCAAAGUUUACAGCAAAGCAUUGACACCUACAGACCCUGUUAUGGGUACUGGGAUACCUUGCACAGACCGCAGUCCAUCUCCCACUACCCCCACUUCAGUUCAUGAACUCAGACCUGGCGAUAUCAAGGUGGUGGCAGCAGUAGGCGACUCUCUUACAGCAGGCAAUGGCGUGGGCGCAAAGACGGACAACCUUCUGUUAGUGCUCAAUCAGUACAGAGGACUGUCAUGGAGCAUUGGUGGUGAUGAAAACAUUACCAGUGUGACCACUUUGCCAAACAUCCUGAGGGAGUUUAACCCCUCGCUGACCGGAUUCUCAGAGGGAAUUGGUAACGAGAACUCCCAUCAAGCCUUCCUCAAUCAGGCUGUGGCCGGAGCCAAGAGUGGUGACAUGGAACGCCAGGUGCGCGCCCUUGUGGAAAAAAUGAAAAAGGAUUCGCGCAUUGAUUUCAACAACGAUUGGAAAGUGAUCACCAUGUUUAUUGGUGGCAAUGACAUAUGUGACUUCUGCACAGACAGUGUAUUUUUCUCCCCCAGGAAUGUGGUCGGUCGAAUCCGCCAGGCUCUGGACAUACUCCAUAGUGAAGUGCCUCGUGCCAUUGUCAAUUUGAUAGAGCUGUUAAACAUUGUACCUUUGCGUGAUCUGCACGCUGAUAAAACUCUGGGCUGUCCCACCUGGUUUGUAAAUUUAGUUUGCCCUUGCAUACUAAAGCCUAAAAAAGAUUCCUCUGAACUUCAGAAGGCCAUUGACAUCAAUAAAGCCUAUCAGCAUGCUAUGAAAGAGCUAAUUGACUCUGGGCGGUACGACACACACCAUAACUUCACUGUGGUGCUGCAGCCUUUCCUACGGGAGAUUUUCCUUCCAAAGUUAGAGGACGGCCGGCCUGAUCGCUCAUACUUGUCACCCGACUGUUUUCAUCUCAGCCAGAAGGCUCACACUCUCAUGGCUCAGGCUCUUUGGAACAACAUGUUAGAGCCAGUGGGCAACAAGACCUUUAAACAUGACUUUGCAACUAGCAUUGAUCUGAAGUGUCCCUCUGAGACCAACCCAUUUUUUAGGACUGCUGUCAACAGCAACUACACCUUUCCAGGCCCUCCCCCUACUCCGCCUCCUGUUACAAAUUGGGGCAGUGACUUUUCCUGCAGUAACACAGCUCCAUCCAACUCUGUGCCCACUUCAGCUCACAGAUUACGACCAGCAGAUAUCAAAGUGGUGGCGGCUUUGGGAGACUCUAUAACGGCCGGCUUUGGUGCUAAGGCAAAAAAUCUCCUGCAGCUAAGAACUGAGUACAGAGGGGUGGCAUGGAGCAUUGGAGGAGACAAAACUAUUGAGACUGUCACGACAUUACCUAAUAUCCUGAAGAAGUUCAAUCCUGAAAUCAAAGGAGUGUCAUUGGGACAAGGCAAAUUCCGGACUGGCUUUAACAUGGCUGUAUCAGGAGCUAAGAUAUCAGGGAUCCCAGAGCAGGUCCGACGCCUGAUUGAUACCAUGAAGAGUAACUCUGCGGUGGAUUUUGAGAAUGACUGGAAGCUGGUGACCCUCUUCAUUGGAGGCAAUGACCUGUGUCAGUACUGCAACGACCGGGCCUCUUUGUCACCUCAGAACUACAUCCAUCAUAUGAUGACAAGCUUGGAUAUGCUCUACAAAGAGGUUCCCAGGACAAUUGUCAAUGUGUUGGGGAUUCUAGAAAUCGAAGGCCUUCGCAGGAUCAAACGAGAUAGUCUCGGGUGCAGUGUGUUACAAAAGUAUAUCUGCCCGUGCUUCCUGUUAGCAGCAGAGGAUUCCCCAGAGCUGGCUGAAGUAAAACGGAUCAACCGGGAACUACAGACUGAGACGGAAAAAUUGGUAUAUGGAAGCCGCUACGAUGAGAGAGAGGACUUUGCUGUGGUCUUGCAGCCCUUUUUCAGGAACACCAUUGUUCCUUUGAAUGCUGAUGGCAGACCUGACACCACCUACUUCUCUGAGGACUGUUUCCACUUCAGUGAACGGGGACAUGCUGACAUGGCUACAGCUCUGUGGAACAACAUGUUGGAGCCAGUGGAUAAGAAACAGGCAUACAAUAAUUUCACAAAUUCCAGAAAUAACAUCAAGUGCCCCAGUGAGGAGCAUCCUUACAUCUUCACAAAGGUGAACAGCUUUCCCUCUUCAACCACCACCACAGCACCCACAACUCACAGCACAGCUUCACCUCACAGCUCCACAGCACCCACAACUCACAGCACAGCCCUGCCUCUCAGCCCUCAAUGCACCGACAAUGUGCCAGUGUGGCUCGCUGCUGUGCUGGCCGUAACGGGUCUUCUGAUUGGCUGGGCAGUAACCUGGCUCCUCCUCUCCCGCAGAGCCAAGAGACGCAAGCAGAUGAUGACGGCUGCAGUGGAGAUGAAGGGCACUGUAUUUUAAAAUGCUAAUUACCGUGUUUUUUUACACUGCACUAUUCAAGGACCAAAACUACAAAACACCAUUGCAAUAUGUAAAUUAAUUGUAAAUUAAUGGUGAUAAUAAUGCAAUUUUUUUAACGAGACAUGAUAAGAAAGACUAGAAAGGUAUCCUUGAACCACAGAAAAUAUUACUGGAUGCAAAGGUGGAAAAAUGGAUCACCAGUCUUCACCUAAGGAAAGCAAUAAACAAGACAACUGGGUGACACUCCAUUAGAAGUCCUGCAUUCAAACCUCACCUAAGUGAUGAGGUGGAUGUAAAUGUUGUAGCUGGUCUAACAACUGACUUAAUGAGACAAUGCAGUCACCAACCACUGCAAACAGUACAUAUCCUGUGCAGAAGUUAUGACUGAAAACCAAUUACUGCUGUUAUAUAUUACAUUUUAUUAAAAGGGUCUAAGGAUAUAGUGUG